AUGCGGUACAUAUUUGAAACUAGUGUGUAUCCAAGAAAGCUUGAAUCCAUGAAGGAGCUCCGCAAGUUGACAGCAAAGAACAUUAUGACAACUUCCGUUGACGAGGGACGUAUUUUGAAUAUGAUGCUCAAGCUUAUCAACGCCAAGAAUAUAAUGGAAAUUGGUGUUUACACAGGUUACUCUCUCCUUGCCACUGCCCUUGCUCUUCCUAAUGAUGGCAAGAUAUUGGCUAUGGAUAUUAACCUGGAAAACUAUGAACUGUGUUUACCUGUAAUUCAAAAGGCUGGUGUAGUUCACAAGAUUGACUUUAGUGAAGGCCUGACUCUUCCCUUUCUUUAUCAAAUGAUCCAAGAAGUAAAAUAUCAUGGUAGCGUUGAUUUCAUAUUUGUUGAUGCGGAAAAGGAUAACUACCUUAACUACCACAAGAGGCUGAUUGAGCUAGUGAAGGUUGGAGGAGUGAGUGGAUAUGGUAACACCCUAUGGAACGGAUAUGUGGUGCCACUUGAUGCACCACUCAAAAAGUACGUGAGAUACUAUAGAGAUAUUGUGUUAGAGCUCAACAAGGCUCUAGUUGUUGAUCCAAGGAUCGAGAUUUGUCGGUUUCUUAUUCAUGAUGAGAUUACAUUAUGCCGCUGCAUUAGCUGA